GAGGGACUGCCGCCACAGGCCGAAGAGAAUGUGCGGAUGAUCCACGAGUCGGUGGAGCUGGAGGUGCAGCUCAUCGACGACCUGCUCGACCUCACCAAGAUCUCGCGGAACAAAUUGGAGCUACACUUGCAAGAGGUGGUGGCGCACGAGCUGUUGAGUCGCACGCUGCAGAUCGUGGGACACGAGAUCAAGCUCAAGAAGCUCCACGUCUCUACCGACUUCGCCGCCACCAUCGACCGACUCAACGCCGAUCCCGCACGGCUGCAGCAGGUGUUUUGGAACAUCACGAAGAACGCGAUCAAAUUCACGCCGGAGGGCGGCGCCAUCGCGAUCCGCACGCGCAACUACGAGGCCGUAGACGACGACGCCGUGCCCUCGGAGAAGGAGAAGAAAAAGAAUGAAAUGAUUCAGGAAAUGCGGAAGCGAAUCCAGCCCCACGGCACGUGCGGCGGCGGCGGCGGCGGCGGUAAAGAGAAGGAGGCCAGGGAGGCUAAGGAAGCGAAGCGGCGGCUCAUGCUCGCCGUCGAGAUCAUGGACACGGGCAUCGGCAUCGAGGACCACGUCUUGCCGCACCUCUUCCGCGCCUUCGAGCAGGGCGACGCCUCCAUCACCGUGCGCUUCGGCGGCCUCGGCCUCGGCCUCUCCAUCUCACGAUCGCUGGUGGAGAUGCACCAGGGCACGCUGAGCGCGGCAAGCCAGGGCAAGAACAAGGGCGCCACCUUCACCAUCCACCUCCCAGUCUUCAAGGGCGGGGCGCUGCCGUCGCCGACGGGUCGCACUUCGCUGGGCUCGGCGGAGAUCAAGCUGCUCACUCCCCAACUCAAAUCGAGCUAUUCUGUCGACAGCAUCAGCAGCGGCGGCGAAAGCAGCGGUUUCUCCCCGCUCUCGUCCUCCUCGUCCCUGCCCACCGUCAUCCCGGCCUCCAACUCCUUCUCGCCGCCCACCUCCCCGCGUGGCGCCGCCGGCUCGCCCGGCCCACCGCCGCCACGCGACCUCAAGGUGCUGCUGGUCGAGGACAACAAGAGCACGCUGGUGAUCAUGUCGCGGCUGCUGCGCCAGAAGCUGAACUACGACGUGGUGGUGGCCUCGAGCGUGGGCGACGCCCUGCGCGCGGCGGACGAGGCCCGGGGCGAGUUCGACCUGGUCAUCAGCGACAUCGGCCUGCCCGACGGCACGGGCCUCCAGCUCAUGACCACCCUCAAGGCCAAGUACAACCUCAAGGGUAUUGCGCUGUCGGGCUACGGCAUGGACGAGGACGUGCAGCGGAGCGCCGACGCGGGGUUCGAGCUGCACUUGACCAAGCCAGUGCACUUUGCCUCCCUCUUGGCGGCCAUCCACGCCCUUCAUCACCACCAGCCGCCGUCGGCGGGCAACCCUCAGCCUACUGAUGACCCUCCCUUCCCAUCGGAUCACGUGUAA